AGCAGUGCCCAAAGAGGAACGGCGCAAGCAAGGUGUCUUUGGCCUCGCUCACACCCGGCCGGCCCCGUGGGCGAUCGCGCGAGCUCGCUGAUCGCCGGCCGGCGGUGCACUCCUCGCUCGGCGCGCGCGCCACGCCCACGCCAGCUCGCUCGGCCGGCGCCCGGCGCGGCAUCAGUACUUCACUCAUCAUCUCAUCACCGCCGCGCCGGAGGGAGAGAUAUAGAGAGAUACACACACAUAUACACAUCGUCACCAUGGCGCCCGUGGGGCUCCCGCCGGGCUUCCGGUUCCACCCGACGGACGAGGAGCUGGUGAACUACUACCUGAAGCGCAAGAUCCACGGGCUGAAGAUCGAGCUGGACAUCAUCCCCGAGGUCGACCUCUACAAGUGCGAGCCAUGGGAGCUCGCAGCAGACAAGUCGUUCCUGCCGAGCCGUGACCCGGAGUGGUACUUCUUCGGGCCGCGGGACCGCAAGUACCCCAACGGGUUCCGCACCAACCGCGCGACGCGGGCCGGCUACUGGAAGUCCACGGGCAAGGACCGCCGCGUGCUGCACCACGCCGGCCGCCCCAUCGGCAUGAAGAAGACGCUCGUCUACUACCGCGGCCGCGCGCCGCAGGGGGUCCGCACCGACUGGGUCAUGCACGAGUACCGACUCGACGACAAGGACGCCGAGGACACGCUGCCCAUCCAGGACACCUACGCACUAUGCCGGGUCUUCAAGAAGAACGCCAUCUGCACCGAGGUGGACGGCCUGCAAGCGCAGUGCAGCAUGGCGCUGCUGGAGGGCGCCUGCCAGCAGCUGCUCACCAGCGCCAGCCAGGAGUACCAGACCCCGUCGCCGGACGUGCCCGUCGGGUCCACAUCCGGUGGAGCUGACGAUGACGCGGACAAGGAUGAGUCCUGGAUGCAGUUCAUUUCCGACGACGCAUGGUGCUCCAGCACGGCGGACGGUGCCGAGGAGAGCACCUCCUGUGUGGCCCUGGCCAGCUGAGAAACCUUUGAUCUGCUCAAGGAUGAUGCAGCUCAGAAUUGAAAUCCUCCUAAUAACUAUUUUUCUUUCUUUUUUCUCUGAUCGAGAUGCUGCUUGCUGCUGCUGGCUAGCUAUUAAUAACCACCGUGAUCAUGUCUACAAGGAGUAAGAUCAUAUAUAGCACAAUAAGCAGGCAUCCCUUGGGUUUUCAGCUUCCAUCCUAUUGCUGGCCGGGAGUUGAAGGAUCGUUGCCGCCUCAAGAUUGUUGUCAGAAUCCUUCCUUGAGUUGAGCUCAUAAGGAGGGUUAUAUAUAUUUAAUAUACUAUAUAGCAUAUAGGAACAACCAGCUCCCUUGUUUUUUUUCUUUUCUUCUUUUUUGGUUUUUCAUCGAAUGUAUUGUACUUUUUGGGUGGUGUCUUUUCUCUUCUGUGAAGUAUACUGGAUGUAGCUAUGCCAUUGCAUAGUUUUUGUCUUGUGCCUAUAUGUCAGAUGAAAUAUAGUGCACCGUAUGAAUGGAAAUUGAAGACAAUUAUGACUA